AACAGCCCCGACUAAUGGCAGUUGCCGCAAGCAAGUGAAUGGCAAACGUUAACAGCUGACUGCUUAGAACAUUCAGCUCGCGUACGCACAAAAAAAAGGAAGAAAGGAAAACACACGAAUUUCUUGCCAAAAGUUACAUUUUGCACGUCGCAGCGAAAAUCGGGGCACCCGCAAAAUGAAAAACUGGCCAAACGAUGCUGCAACAACGCCGCAACGCGUCCAACCGGCACAAGGAAGCAUCCGCGGCGGCGGCGUCUCCAUCAGCAUUGAAAGCGACUGCGACGAUGAAAAUGAGUCAACAACGGCUGAGCAUGAUUUGCUGUUGCCAGCGGCGCCUGCAGCGCCGACAGUGUCGCCCUUGUCCUUAAUAACAAAUCCGGCAGCUGGGCCCAGCACCACAAUCAACAUGGAGCAGCAGCCGCUUCGCAGCAACAACAGCUCGACUGCAGCGCGUUCCAGCAACAACAACAGCAACAACGCCGGCGGCAGCGGCAUUUUGGCCUCGCUGCUUGCCCGACAGCGCUCCUUGACGCCGGUGAGCAGCACACCGUUGAAUCGUCGGCUCCAGCAAUCGCGCAGUGUGGGAGGACCCAGCAAUAGUUUGGAGGAGCCGCCCCAGGCGCCAGCAACGGCGCCAGUUUCAUCACCGCGUCAAUUGGGCUUUUGGCGCAUGAAUCUAAACGAAAUGUUUACGCUGUCGACGACGCCCUCGACGGAGACGUUGCGUAGCCUUAUCGCACAUUCCAAUUUUCGCUAUCAGGCGGCACAAGCAGCCGCAGCAGGAGGAGCGGGAGGAGGGGCAGCUGGAGCAGCGCCUGUCGCUAAUGCUGCUGCUGCUGGUGGUGACAACACGCUGAGUCAGCAGCCUCCUUUGGCAAUGCCCUUGAACGGCGAGCCAGAGGCCAACAACAGCGCCGCCCUGCGCAUGAGCAGCAACAAUAGCAACAACAGCAGCGGCAUGGGACGCAGCAUCUCCCUGCGCGAGGAUGAGUUGCAGCCAGCGCGUCUACAGCAUAACAACACACGUCACACGGCAAGCGUCUUGGGGUUGUCCACAAGCCCUCCCCCCUCUGCUGGUGGUGCCUCCUCGCCUACAGCUGCGAUUUCGGCCUCAGCACCAACUACGCCCAAUGAGGCGCCAAAUGGCAAUGGGAAUGGAAAUGGCAACGAAAACAGCGCCGAUGAUGAUCAUGUGGUCACCGAUUUGGUUGUCCAGAUACUUAGUCACUUUGUGCGUUAUCUUCCCAUCUUGUGCAUACUCCUUAUCAAGUUUGUGCACGACCAUUUGAUAGGCAUUCUCGAUCUGCUGCUCCUGCAGUUCAUGAUGGGAUACCUAAGUGUGGCCUUGACACGCCAAGUUGCUCGCUUGGCGCAGCGGGAUUGCGGUGUGCUGGUGCUGCAAGCGCUCAUCAACAUGUUGGUGGUCUUGUUGCGUCUCUCGAUUGCCACCGAGCCGCCGGAUGUGUUUGGUUUACUGGUGCCGCCGCCAAAGUCGUUUGUGCACAAGGAGGAAGAGCAGCCUCUAAGUCCAACUGGUGAUCCGCCCAGUACACAUGCAACUAGCAUCUUCAUCGAGGACAUACACAGCUUUGUGCUGACACGGCAAGCCGUACCCUUAGGCAUGCUGCUCUACUACGUCGCAGUCAGUGAUCUGUUGAUUAAGAUGCUCACGAUUCUCAUCAAGGUUUUCAUCACGCUGCUGCCUAUUUCUGUGAUACGUCUAAAAGUGCGAGCACGUCUCUAUGUUGUGGUCGAGUAUUUGUCGCAAUUCUAUCGCGCCUUGACGCCCAUUUCCCAAUGGUUCUUGUAUCUCUAUGGCUCCUACACAGGGCUGACUGUUAUCUCGGGUGGAUUGUUGUCCUCCUUGUACAUUGGUGCAAAGAUCUUUGAGCUGGUGGAUCGCGGCAAAUCGCUAAAGAAAUCCAUUGCCACCUUUCGACGUGAUAUUGACUCGGAGCGACCGCCCACUAAAGAGGAACUGGAUGCUGCGGGCACUGUGUGUCCCAUCUGUCAUGAUGCGUACAAUUCGCCGAUAAUACUGGAGUGCGGACACAUCUUCUGUGAUGAAUGCGUCCAAACGUGGUUCAAACGGGAACAGACGUGUCCCAUGUGCCGCGCCAAGGUCAGCGAUGAUCCCGCCUUCCAGGAUGGCAGCACCACGUUUUUCUAUCAGCUCUACUGAAGCUAUACCUCUUACCUUUCCUUACCUAACUAUCUUGUUUGUGUAUGUAUCUAUCUAUUCCAUUUGAUCUUUAUGUAAAUAGCUUAAGCAAUUGCUGCACAAUUUGUUUAUUUAGCAUUUAAAACAGUUAUUAAUUAUUAACUAUACUUAUUAUA